AUGUCGCGCCACUCGGUCGAGUACACGCCGACGUACCAGCGCUUCGUGCUCAAGCAAAAGUCGUACGCGCAGCAGUUCUCGCACAUUUACGUGAGUCGGUUGCAGCAGCUCCGCGACGUCUUGGCCGCCCGAGUCCAGGAACGAACUCACGGCCGUGUCCCCGUGCUGGCCAAAGUGAUUGACCUCAAAGCGGAUGGUCACGAGUGCGUGUUGAUUGGCACGCUGCUCAAGGUCCUGGAGGCCAAGCCCGACCUUUUUGACGCGCUUAUUAGUGAAUCUGGCGUCACGCCGAUCGAGCGGGUUCCAUAUUCUCUGGCGACAAAAGAUGACGAGCUCUUAUUGGAGGACGAGAGUGGACGUGUGCAACUUGUGGGGGACGUAGACGUGGCGACGUUCGUCACGGGUGUCGUCCUUGCCGUGCGGGGUCGUGUGCCACGAGACGGGACAGGUGGUCAGUUCUAUGUUGACGAAGUGUACGUGCCGUCUAUGCCGCCUCAAGACUCUCUCCCGGAGCGACAGGGGAGCGAGUAUGUGGCGCUAGUCUCGGGUCUGGGCAUCGGUCGUCACGCCGAUCACCAACCGCUUCGAACUCAUGUGCUUGUGGACUAUUUGGCUGGACGAUUGGGCGACGCGAAGGAAAAAGAGUUUGUGUCGAAAAUUGUACGCACGAUUGUGGUGGGGAACGUUCUUGAAGCUGUGAACCAAGACGAUGUUUACGUGCCAACGAUCACACGAAAGACAGCUGAGCAGUUGACUGUCGAAGGAGAACCACUGAAAAAUGCGGACGCCAUCGUGUCGACAUUAGCAGCUGCCAUGUGUGUGGACUUGAUGCCCGGGCCGUCGGAUCCGAGCAACUACACGCUGCCGCAACAAAGUUUCCACCCGUGUUUAUUCCCUCGUAGCUCUCGUUUCCACUCAUUUCGAUGUGUCACGAACCCAUACGAGGCACAGAUUGGGAGCGUGCACUUUUUUGGAGACGCAGGGCAGCCACUGCGUAGUAUCUUGCAGUGUACAUUGCCGGAUAGUGAUUUUCCAGUUAUGACAAUGGAUACAGAAGAGCUAGAGCACGAGCGCGCGUUGGAUUACUUGCAACGUUGUGUCGAGUGGAGACAUGUUGCCCCUACGGCGCCAGAUAUCCUGGCGUGCUUUCCCAUAGCGAACGAGGACCCCUUUGUUCUUGAAACUUGUCCACAUGUGUACUUUUCCGGCAAUCAGCCACGCUUUAGUACACGUUUUGUCAAAGGUGAAAAAGGCCAAGUGGUGCGCCUAGUUACCGUGCCUUCGUUCUGCGAAACGUCUACCAUUGUGCUGGUUGACCUCAAGGACCUGUCAUGCUUUCCCAUUACGAUCGGGACAUGA